UGCAGACCGGGGAAAGUUUGAAAGUAACUGGGUGUGUGCAGUUAGUUUUUCUGUUUGUGUGUCAAACUGACAAAACAUUGCAGCGCCACUGGCUUUUAGCACAUUGAAAUUUACGUGACAAAGUAUCAAGCAGUUCUUUUUAAUUCUUCAUGGAGCAAGCAGCGCUGGAAAACCCGUCUGCUGCGGUAACGGUUUCGGACAAGACGAAGGAAGAAACUGCAGACGACAUGACGGACAUCGUCGUAGUUGAUUUGGAGUCGUACGUUAAUGUUGAACUCGACAUAGAAAACAAGAAAGGGAGCCCCGAAGCUGGACAUAAUGUUCAUGAUAUAACUCAAGCUCUGUUUCAGAAUGAAGAUGAGGAAGAGGGUGAAGAAGAAGAGAGUGAUGAUGAUGGGGAUGACAGUGGCACAGACCACUUCAACACUGACAAGUCAGGGACUCAGCUGCAGAGAUGUGAGCGCCACGGGAUGAAUUCAGAUCUCCCUGACACUUUCCAAACAGGCCACCUCCUGUUCUACGAGAGGUUCAAGGUGUACCAGGACUACAUAUUCGGUGACUGUAAGCCCUCAGAGGUGAAGGCCUUCACAGCAGACUACCUGGAGAAGGUUGUGGAGUCGUGUGAUUGGCAGGCUCUGUGGUCUACAGAUGUCUUCGAUGUUCUGGUGGAGGUAUGUGAUGUGGACUACCAGGAUCUGAAAGCGUGUGUGAAGCCAGUGCUGCCUCUGCAGUUUGAGGCCCGAGGCUGUGAACUCAACGAGGAGGCCAUGAACACUGUGCUGGAGGCAACUCGACACAAGCUCCCCCUGCAGGAGCUUCAGGUGGUCUAUGAAGAGUCUGGAGACUUUGACCAGACUGCCCUGGCCAUUGAGCACCUCAGAUUUUUCUACAAGCACAUCUGGAGGCAGUGGGAUGAGGAAGACGAAGAUGAUGACUUUGACUACUUUGUUCGUUGUGUGGAGCCUCGUCUCAGGCUCUACUACGACAUCUUGGAGGACAGAGUCCCAUCAGGCCUGGUGGCAGAGUACCAGUCCUUACUGGAAAACUGCUCCCAGUGCUUCCAGCAGUUCUUGGUGCUGCGCAGCGCCCUCAGCAGCGACUCUGACUCUGAGCCAGACAACGUGUCCAUGGUGGAGGGCCUGAAGCUCUGCGAUCAGCUGGAAACAUUCAAACGCAAGCUGCACAUCAUUGAGAACCCUUUGUUAAGGUAUGUGCUGGGCUACAAGGGUAACACCAGGCAGCAGUGUGUCCAGAGCCGUGGGCUGAGAGCAUCAGGUAUCAAGGUGGUCCAUGUGGUCACAGCCUCCUGCACCAGCUUUCAGCUCCAGUCCCUCCUCAAUGACAGGCUGCUGCCUCAGUGUUCCACUGAGGACACUGAAAUCCAGUUCCAUAGAGACCCUGUAUCAGCAGUGGAUUCAUGCCAUCAGGGCGACAUGGUAAUUAUUCUCCCGGGGGUCUACAGUGUUACCAGCUCCAUCUUCCUGCCAGACUCCAUCAGUAUAGAAGGCUUCGGGCUCCCUGAUGAGGUGGUGAUCGAGAAGAAAAACAAGGGUGACUCUUUUGUUGAAUCCACGGGAGCUGAUGUCAGAAUGUCCAACAUCAAGUUCAUUCAGCAUGACGCUAUUGAGGGCAUUCUGUGUGUGCGUCAGGGGAAUCUGAACAUGGAGAACUGUGUUAUGCAGUGUGAGACCACCGGAGUUAUUGUCCGAACAUCUGCCCAUCUCACGAUGAACAUGUGUGACCUUUAUGGCUCCAAGGGGGCUGGUGUAGAGAUUUACCCUGGCAGUGUAUGCAGUCUGGUUGGCAACGGCAUCCACCACUGUAAGGACGGGAUCCUCAUCAAGGACUUUGCUGAUGAGCUGGAUGUGAUGCCGUCCAUCACCAUGGAGAACAAUGUGAUCCACAACAAUGAAGGCUACGGGGUGAUUCUAGUGAAAACCGGAAACAGCCAGGCCCAGAAUGUUCCUCUUGACAAAAGCGAAGAAGAGCCUGCAAAAGAAGAUGCUGGACAGACAGCUGAGUGCAAACCUGCAGGUGUCACAGAUCCUCAACUCAUCACCACAGCAACAACCCCGACCACCAGCAGCUCAGCAGACGUUCAGCCCAUGUCGACAGAGAACAACAACGGCACGGACAGCGAAGUAGCCACCACCUCAGGCAGGAAGUGGCAGUUUUGUCGGCAGCUGAGCAGAAACAAGGAGGCGUCCUGUAGCAGAGCCGUGCAGGAUCUGAUGGACCAUGAGAUUUUCGUCUCUAUCCAGGGAAACCAGUUCAGACGCAACGGCAUGGGCGACUUCGGCACCUUUUUCUGCUGAGAAACCUAUUUGAGACUGGCUGAAGGUCAAUACACCAACUAACAAAUGUCUUUUAAGAUCAUUUACCAUCGACAGGGUAUUUUUGAGCAAUAGCUUAGUAUUUUAGAUGAAAUUAAUAUUGCUGAAAAAUAUUUUAGCUGUCGACUGAGCUGAUUCACGAGUUUGAUGCUCUGUAAUGCAGUGAGCAUGAUGUGAUAAGCUGAUUAUACACACACACACACACACACACAUUAUAAGAGCACAUUGCCUUCCUCUGUUGAAGUAAUGGUGAAUGGAUCCCCAAUCUUGAACUUGCACAAAUGCUUUUAUCUUAUUUAUUCCUCUGUGCUCUCAACGCGAAGUGUAAAGCGUUUUUACUUUUUUUUUAAAAUGCAUUAUUAGUUUGAAAUCCACUUGUCACUUUGUAUGCAGUUUUGGGGGCUAGACUAAAAUCUAAUAAAUUUGGGUUGUCUUUAAGGUGGUGGCUUGUUGAAACCAGUGCACUUUUAAUAAUACCAAGUUCCUUGUUCACAAAAAUAUUCUUUAUUUCCAUUGUUAUGAGUUGUAUAUAAUUUUCACUUGGUGCCUCAGGUGUUUUUAAAAGUUUGAGUGAUGUAUUUUAUGGUAGCGUGAAGUUUUAGAAAUAUUCAUGUUCACAGAUUUGCUCUGAAACUAAUAGCCAAGUGAAACUAAAAUGAGAGGUUUAUGUUUAGAUUGAGACAAACACAACUGAUGAUACAAAUGAGUUAGUCUUAGAUUGAAACUGCUACUUCUGGGAAUUGUUAGUAUAAUUAAUUUCCUGGAGAUUAAAAAGUGGUCAUUGAAACCUUGA